AUGGCUGCCCCCCGUCAGCCAGAGGAGGCUAUCGAUGACUCCCAAUUCAUCGACGAGCAUCAUCAUGAGCACUUCCGCGAUACCGUCCACAACCGCCUGCGGGCCAAUUCCUCCAUCAUGCAAUUCCAGAAGAUCCUCGUCGCCAACCGUGGUGAGAUCCCCAUCCGGAUCUUCCGGACGGCUCACGAGCUGUCCCUGCAGACCGUCGCGGUCUACUCCCAUGAGGACCGCCUGGGCAUGCACCGUCAAAAAGCCGAUGAGGCCUACAUGAUCGGCCACCGCGGCCAGUAUACCCCCGUCGGCGCCUACCUGGCCGGCGACGAGAUCGUCAAGAUCGCCCUCGAGCACGGCGUGCACCUCAUCCACCCGGGCUACGGCUUCCUGUCCGAGAAUGCCGGCUUCGCCCGGAAGGUCGAGGAGUCCGGCAUGGUCUUCGUCGGCCCCUCCCCCGACACCAUUGACAGCCUGGGAGACAAGGUCUCCGCUCGCCAGCUGGCCAUGCGCUCCGAGGUCCCCGUCGUCCCCGGUACCCCGGGCCCCGUGGAGCGCUUCGAGGAGGUCAAGGAGUUCACCGACACCUACGGCUUCCCCAUCAUCAUCAAGGCCGCCUUCGGCGGUGGUGGCCGCGGCAUGCGUGUCGUCCGCGACCAGGAGGAGCUGCGCGGCGCCUUUGAGCGUGCCACCUCCGAGGCCCGCUCCGCCUUCGGCAACGGCACCGUCUUCGUCGAGCGCUUCCUCGACCGACCCAAGCACAUCGAGGUCCAGCUGCUCGGUGACAACUACGGCAACGUCGUCCACCUCUUCGAGCGUGACUGCUCCGUCCAGCGCCGUCACCAGAAGGUCGUCGAGGUCGCCCCCGCCAAGGACCUGCCCGCCGACGUCCGGGACCGCAUCUUGGCCGACGCCGUCAAGCUCGCCAAGUCCGUCAACUACCGCAACGCCGGUACCGCCGAGUUCCUCGUCGACCAGCAGAACCGCCACUACUUCAUCGAGAUCAACCCCCGGAUCCAGGUCGAGCACACCAUCACCGAGGAGAUCACCGGCAUUGAUAUCGUCGCUGCCCAGAUCCAGAUCGCCGCCGGCGCCACCCUCGAGCAGCUCGGCCUGACCCAGGACCGCAUCUCUAUCCGCGGCUUCGCCAUCCAGUGCCGUAUCACUACCGAGGAUCCCGCCAAGGGCUUCUCCCCCGACACCGGCAAGAUUGAGGUCUACCGCUCCGCCGGCGGCAACGGCGUCCGUCUCGACGGCGGUAACGGCUUCGCCGGCGCCAUCAUCACCCCGCACUACGACUCCAUGCUCGUCAAGUGCACUUGCCGCGGCUCCACCUACGAGAUCGCCCGCCGCAAGGUUGUCCGCGCCCUCGUCGAGUUCCGCAUCCGCGGCGUCAAGACCAACAUCCCCUUCCUCGCCUCCCUGCUGAGCCACCCCACCUUCGUCGACGGCAGCUGCUGGACCACCUUCAUCGACGACACCCCCGAGCUCUUCGCCCUCGUCGGCAGCCAGAACCGCGCCCAGAAGCUGCUCGCCUACCUCGGCGACGUCGCCGUCAACGGCAGCAGCAUCAAGGGCCAGAUCGGCGAGCCCAAGCUCAAGGGCGACAUCGUCCGUCCCACCCUGCUCGAGCCCCAGUCCGGGAAGCCCCUGGACGUCUCGGCCCCCUGCCCCCGCGGCUGGAAGCAGGUCCUCGACCGCGAGGGCCCCGCUGGCUUCGCCAAGGCCGUGCGCGCCAACCAGGGCUGCCUGAUCAUGGACACCACCUGGCGGGACGCCCACCAGUCGCUGCUGGCCACCCGCGUCCGCACCAUCGACCUGCUCAACAUCGCCCACGAGACCAGCCACGCCCUGGCCAACGCCUACUCCCUCGAGUGCUGGGGUGGCGCCACCUUCGACGUCGCCAUGCGCUUCCUGUACGAGGACCCCUGGGACCGUCUGCGCAAGAUGCGCAAGGCCGUCCCCAACAUCCCCUUCCAGAUGCUGCUGCGGGGUGCCAACGGCGUCGCCUACUCCUCCCUGCCCGACAACGCCAUCUACCACUUCUGCAAGCAGGCCAAGCGCUGCGGUGUCGACAUCUUCCGGGUCUUCGACGCCCUCAACGACGUCGACCAGCUCGAGGUCGGCAUCAAGGCCGUCCACGCCGCCGAGGGCGUCGUCGAGGCCACCGUCUGCUACAGCGGGGACAUGCUGAACCCGGCCAAGAAGUACAACCUCGCCUACUACCUGGCCCUCGUCGACCGCAUCAUGGCCUUCCAGCCCCACGUCCUCGGCAUCAAGGACAUGGCCGGCGUGCUCAAGCCCCAGGCCGCCCGCCAGCUGGUUGGCGCCAUCCGCGAGCGCUACCCGGACCUGCCCAUCCACGUCCACACCCACGACUCCGCCGGCACCGGUGUCGCCUCCAUGAUCGCCUGCGCCCAGGCCGGCGCCGACGCCGUCGACGUCUGCACCGACAGCUUGUCCGGCAUGACCUCCCAGCCUAGCAUCGGCGCCCUGCUCGCCUCGCUCGAGGGCACCCCGCAGGACCCCGGCCUCGACCGCGCCCAGGUCCGCGCCCUCGACGCCUACUGGGCCCAGCUGCGCCUGCUCUACUCGCCCUUCGAGGCCGGCCUGACCGGCCCCGACCCCGAGGUCUACGAGCACGAGAUCCCCGGUGGCCAGCUGACCAACCUGAUCUUCCAGGCCAGCCAGCUCGGCCUCGGCCAGCAGUGGGCCGAGACCAAGAAGGCCUACGAGUCCGCCAACGACCUGCUCGGCGACAUCGUCAAGGUCACCCCGACCUCCAAGGUUGUCGGCGACCUGGCCCAGUUCAUGGUCUCCAACAAGCUCUCCGCCGAGGACGUCGUCGCCCGCGCCGCCGAGCUUGACUUCCCCGGCUCCGUGCUCGAGUUCCUCGAGGGUCUCAUGGGCCAGCCCUUCGGCGGUUUCCCCGAGCCCCUGCGCUCGCGGGCCCUGCGUGACCGCCGCCAGCUCAACAAGCGCCCCGGUCUCUACCUCGAGCCCCUGGACCUGGCCGCCAUCAAGUCCCAGCUGCGCGAGAAGUUCGGCGGUGCCACCGAGUACGACGUGGCCAGCUACGCCAUGUACCCCAAGGUCUUCGAGGACUACCGCAAGUUCGUGCAGAAGUACGGCGACCUGUCCGUCCUGCCGACCCGCUACUUCCUGGCCCGCCCCGAGAUCGGCGAGGAGUUCCACGUCGAGCUGGAGAAGGGCAAGGUGCUGAUCCUCAAGCUCCUGGCCAUCGGCCCGCUGUCCGAGCAGACCGGCCAGCGCGAGGUCUUCUACGAGGUCAACGGCGAGGUCCGCCAGGUCAGCGUCGACGACCAGAAGGCCUCGGUCGAGAACGUCGCCCGCCCCAAGGCCGACGUCGGCGACAGCAGCCAGGUCGGCGCCCCCAUGAGCGGUGUCGUCGUCGAGAUCCGUGUCCACGAGGGCCACGAUGUGAAGAAGGGUGAUCCUAUCGCCGUUCUCAGCGCCAUGAAGAUGGAAAUGGUCAUCUCCGCCCCCCACAGCGGCAAGGUCUCCGACCUGCAGGUCAAGGAAGGUGACUCCGUCGACGGCCAAGACCUGGUGUGCAAGAUCACCAAGGCUUAA